AUGGCGGCCUCUUCCAAAACAAUAAUGGAUUUCCUCCAACCCGCCAAGCGCCGUAAACUCUCUUCUUCUUCUCCUUCCCCGACAGAUCCCUUAAAUCUCUUAACCAAAACCGUCUCCACAAAAUCAACCCCCAAUUCCCCCUCCACCGACCUCACUCCUGGCCAAAAAUCCCGCAUCGAAUUUAACAGACUACGCGCCAAAUCCAAACGCAACCUCAAACUCUGUUCUCAAUUAGUCUCCAAUCCCAAAGGUUCCUCUGGUUAUGUGAAAUUAGAGAAACUAUUGGUUGAGGACACGUGGCGAGAAGUGCUACCAGGGGAAUUACAGAAGCCGUAUUUUAAGAAUCUGUGUAAAUUUGUGGAAAGUGAGAUUAGUAAUGGGAGUGUAGCUAUAUACCCACCGCAGCAUUUGAUUUUUAAUGCCUUGAAUUCGACUCCGUUUGAUACGCUUAAGGCUGUUAUUAUCGGACAGGAUCCUUAUCACGGUCCUGGUCAAGCUAUGGGGCUUUCUUUUUCUGUGCCUGAUGGGGUUACGGCACCUUCUAGUCUUGUUAAUAUUUUCAAGGAACUUGAGCAGGAUUUGGGGUGUUCGAUUCCUUCUCACGGGAAUCUUGAAAAAUGGGCUAUUCAGGGUGUUCUAUUGCUCAACACUGUUCUCACUGUUAGGAAUCACCAAGCAAAUUCUCAUUCAAAGAAAGGAUGGGAGCAAUUCACUGAUGCUGUUAUCAAAACAAUUUCACAGAAGAAGGAAGGAGUUGUCUUUCUUCUAUGGGGUAACUCAGCUCAGGCGAAAUCCAAGUAUACUACAGUUGAAUCACCUGGCACCAAAGCAUGCAUUAGGCGGGAUAUGUGUUCUCCAAAUGGUAAACACUUCUGUUUGCUGUGUCACCUUGCUGCAAACCUAAAUCCCGCCUUACUAUGCACAGAUUUUGGCAUUCUAAUUGAGCUGAAAUUCCAUGGAAUGUCAUUUACCUUGAUACGGACAACUAAAAAUUCAAGGAAAAGCAGGAUUGAAGAUCAAAGGAAUGUAGAAUAA